AUGACAAAUUCCAAAUGCCACACGUGUAGCAAUAACGCUACUGCCAGGAGCAAGGCUGCCUUCUGUACCCUAUGUAAACAAUGGGUACACAUAAAAUGGGCGAAGAUAGCCCCAGAAAUAUACGAAGUCCUCAAGAAAUAUGACUCAGAAAGACUCUUUCCCUUCUUUAGCACAUACAAAAUAAGUUUUGGUGACAAAGACGAGGCUGACACAAACACCGAUUCACAAGAGGAAGCCCCAGAGCAAGGUAGUGACCAAUCUGAAAUUGAGAAGACGGACUCAGCCUCAAAUGAACAAAACGAUCGAAAGAAGGCACUGCUCUCCUCUAAUGUUCCUGAAUCAGAGGAAGUCAAUGCGGAAACGCUUGUUGACCAUGACUCAAAAGAAUUGAGCGCCAUCAUUCCAAAAAUGCUGGACCCAAGUGGUGGCCGAGUAUCGAUGGUACAACUCUUCAGACUGGGUGCGAAACCUACAGAAGGCGGACGGCCUAGACCACUGAAGGCAGCUUUCAAGUCGGAGCAAACUCCAAAACUACUUCUGACUCGUGGCUGGAGGUUUAAAGACCUUGGAGAUCAAGAUACCGGUCAACGUGAACUUAUCGCACUUGCUGAUAAUUUAGAGAAACCGGGACCACCCACCCAACACAAUGGGCAACAUGACACUGGCCGCCUUCAGGAGUACUCUCGUCUUGGGCGUUAUCAUUCAAGACGACCUCGAAACCCGAGAACAAUCAACUUUGGCGGGACGCAAGGGUCUGGCACUACUAUGGAUGUUCAAAAGAGCAUUCACGUCCUUGUCCAUGCAGUUAUUCCAGUAUGGAUCGUCCGCUUGGUUCCCGUGUACGAAAAGCGAGAUGACCAAUAUCGAAUAUGUACAACGGCUGGGGUCAAAAAUGGUGCCCGAAGUGAGGGGCUGACAUAUCCGGAGGGCUGUGAAACACUGGACCUGUUCGCCCUCGAAUUUUGA